AUGAAGAGCAGUGACCUUGUUGUGUUACAAAUUGUUUUAUGGCAUGGAUACAGUAAUCUCUGCAAGUUGUGCUAUGACAUUUUCCAAGUAGCUCUUAAGGGCAAUAAAAGGCNUGGCAAUGCCCUAAGUGCAUUCACAACACUGAAAAAGGAGCUGGAGAAAGCUUCCCUUCACUCAAUUGAUGAAAGUCUGCCCUUCAUAGUGGAGACCGACGCAUCAGAAACCGCUCUGUCAGCUACACUAAAUCAAGGUGGCCGACCUGUUGCGUUCAUGUCCCGGACACUCCAAGGAAGUGAACUACACUAUCCUGCUGUGGAGAAAGAAGCCAUGGCCAUUAUCGAGGCGGUCCGAAAAUGGCGCCAUUUCCUUGCAGGUAGACACUUUACACUAAAGACAGAUCAACAGUCAGUAGCAUUCAUGUUUGACAACCGAAAACGUACCAAAGUAAAGAACAAUAAGAUUCAGGACUGGAGACUUGAGCUGGCCUCCUUUAGUUAUACAGUGGAGUACAGACCUGGGAAGGACAAUGUUGCUCCGGACUCAUUUACCCGAGCAUUCACAGCUUCUAUGCCGACAACGAGCCUCAGCGAAAUUCAUGUUGCACUAUGCCAUCCUGGUGUCACACGGAUGUUGCACUUUGUAAGGUCAAAGAACCUACCUUACUCUACUGAGGAUGUCAAGAAGGUGUGCUCUAACUGUAGAGCCUGUGCUGAGCUUAAACCACAAUUUUAUCGACCAGAGCAAGGAGUCCUCAUUAAGGCUACCCAACCAAUGGAGAGACUGAGCAUUGACUUCAAGGGCCCAUUACCCACAACCACUAAUAACCCCUACAUGCUGACAGUUGUGGACGAAUAUUCACGCUUCCCUUUUGCUUUUUCCUGCCCAAACAUGAAUUCAUCAACUGUCAUCAAGUGCCUGGACCAGAUAUUUACUCUUUGUGGAACACCAGGGUUUAUCCACUCAGACAGAGGUCCCUCUUUUAUGUCCCAGGAACUCAAAGAAUACCUAUCACGGCGAGGCAUUGCUACGAGCAGGACAACACCUUACCACCCAAUAGGUAAUGGCCAAGUAGAACGCUAUAACGGCAUAAUAUGGAAGGCCGUCCGUUUGUCCCUAAUGUCAGCAAACCUGCCUGACAGGAAAUGGGAGAUGAUACUCCCAGACCUACUUCAUUCAAUAAGAUCCCUCCUCUCCACUGCUACCAACUCAACUCCACAUGAGAGGUUCUUCAACUUCCAGCGUCGUUCGUCACAUGGCACCUCACUGCCUACCUGGCUACAAUCAGCUGGACCAGUGCUGCUUCGUCGAUAUGUGAGGACAAGCAAGAAUGAUCCCAUCGUUGACCAAGUGGAACUAAAAGAAGCAAACCCUACAUACGCACGCGUAAAAUACAUGGAUGGUCGAGAGUCAACUGUAUCCAUCAGAGAUUUAGCACCGUGCCCACAAGCCUCGGCACAAAGCCCUCCAGUCAUCGUGCCAACUGUUAAUGAACCACAGUGCCCUGCUCCGAUACCUUUGGACCAACAACCAACAGAAAGCAAAGAUUUGCCAACUGAGUGCCAAGAUGGAGCAGUUAAUCAUGAUUCGGUCACGCCACCUGCUGUAAGACGCUCCACUCGUGUGAUUAAGCCACCAUCCCGGUAUGGAUGGUAG